CAGACUUUCGAUUGGGCGCAGCAGGACGAGCAGAACACUACAUCCACCAUUGCUGACUCGGAACAGGAAGAAGAAGGUGAGGAUUCUGCAGCCGAGGAGGGCCCGGUGGCUUCCUACGCUGCCGCCGAAGAUGGGGAUGAUGCAAUUGAGGCGCAGGAGCCGUCGGAGGACGCCAAAUUGUUCGUCGGUAACUUGCCGUACGAUGUGGAUAGUGAGAAAUUGGCUAUGCUCUUCGAGCAAGCUGGAACUGUAGAGAUUGCUGAGGCCAUUUACAACAGGGAGACUGAUAGCAGCCGUGGUUUCGGAUUUGUGACCAUGAGUACUAUUGAAGAAGCUGAGAAGGCUGUCGAUAAGUUCAACAGCUAUGUAAGUUCACCGUUUCUUUGCCAUCUGUUUUUGACGAUUGAUUGCUGGUAUGGGGCUGAGGAUAGUAGUGUGAGAAUGAAAACUGUGCAAGGAGUCUACGUUGGGAACCUACCAUGGAGUGUCGAUGAUUCUCGCCUCGAGCAAGUCUUCAGCGAGCACGGCAAGGUCACAAAUGCUCGAGUAGUGUAUGACAGGGACAUCGGCCGCUCACGUGGGUUUGGGUUUGUGACAAUGGCUGAUGAGACGGAGAUGAACGAUGCCAUUGCCGCUCUUGAUGGACAGUCUCUUGAUGGGAAAUGGUUUCCUGAAAGAGAACUGGAAUUCAAUUGACCUAAUGGUUCUGUAUGUCCUUCAUCUGGCAUCACGCAAUCGCGAAACAACCCGGGGACUAGCAGGCGUCAUCUCCCCAAGGGCAGAAGAUUUCAACAGAGACAUAGUAGUAGUAGCAGUAAAGGUGGUUUUUUUGGCAACUCGUUGGAAGAGGUUCAUAUUAUAGGCAGGGGCAACUUUGUAGGCCGUUCUCCGAGACAAGUGUCAAGUAAACUAUUUCAAGAUGAAACGAGUAAUCAAAGAUCAGGUCUCUGAAACACCAGUUUAGCCACUUGCAUUGUGCUCUGACCAAAUCCGAGCCGGCAGGUUUACUGCUGAAUCAAAAUCCUAGACGGGAGUCGCAUUGAAAAGAGGAUUUGGUCUGAUGGUUUACACACGCUGAUAUGGCUUUGGUGCUUGUUUACACACGCUAAUGUGUCAAAGGAUCUUUUCACUUUUGAACUACCAUUUGUUGCCUUUGUGAAUUAUCCAUUUCUAUUUUUUAUUUGUGUUAAAUUGGUU